UGCGUAUACACCGUACAUGCAUAUAUGUAUAAGCUGUUCCUCGUGGCCUUUAUAGAUUUGGGAGCUAGUGCCGAUUAGAUUAGAGCUGAUCGCGGCUCAAAGUCAAAAAGUCUUUGCUGCAAUAAAUGCGUACAUAGCAGCAUUAAUUAAUAAUCUGAGCUGGCAAAUUUGAUUUCGAAAAUGCGGUCCAUUUCUAGGCCUACGUCCAGUCGUGUAUUGUAGAUAGGAGUAUAUUGAGUUUGGAGAAGAAAACGGAUAUUCAUUUGGCAAAUAUAAAUGCAUAUAUUUGAUUCAUGAGUUUGAUUAUUUCCAUUCCAGCUCUUUGUUAAAAACGAAAGUAAAUCAUUAGUAAGGCUUCCGUGGUGGAUUCAUACACACAAAUUGAGGUUACUUGUGGAAUAUUUGGCGAUUUGCAAUAUGCAUCUCGUGCCGCUUUAUGCGGUUGCAGCAGCCUCGGUUGCUGUCACAAACCUCAACGAAUUAUCAAAAACAUAUCAAACUACAAAGGGGUAUAUUGUAUUGGCUGACUAGUAGAAAUAUUAAAAAAGUGCGCACACAGCUAUGUAUGUACGUACGUACAAACAUGACGGUAUCUGACUGCUGCUAUGCUCCCAAUCACUAACAAAUCUAAACAGACAAUUGUACUUAUACAUCGCAUUCGCUGCUCGCAUUCAUUCAUUGUGCUUGCAUCUUCCAUAGCGAAGAGUUGCCCGCUUGGCAACGAGAGUUUUGAGUGGUAUUAGCAUAUCAGUAGCACAGUGAGAAUAUAAAAGAUUUGGUUUGCUGGCAUUCUAUAUCAGAUUUAAACUUUUUUCACUUUCAACUUUGCCAAACUUUUAGAAGUGUAUAAAGACGAAAUGUCGCAUACGAUACCCUUGUCGUCGGGAAAUGGAAACGGUGUCAAUUUUCGUGCGCCAUUGAAAGUAGCAAUAAUUGGCGGUGGUUUGGUCGGUUCAUUAGCGGCGCUCAGUUUUGCUCGACGCGGCCAUGAAGUGCACUUAUAUGAAUAUCGUGAGGAUAUACGCGGUGCUGAAUUGGUGCAAGGGCGUAGCAUAAAUUUGGCUUUGUCGCAGCGGGGGCGCAGAGCGCUGGCCGAAGUUGGUUUGGAGCAGGAGGUGCUCGCAACGGCCAUUCCCAUGCGUGGCCGUAUGCUGCACGACAUCAAAGGCAAUCGCACCGUAGUGCUAUACGAUCCCUGCACGCAUCAGUGUCUCUAUUCGGUGGGCAGAAAGUUUUUGAAUGAGGUGCUAUUGAAUGCGGGUGAAAAGUUCCCCAAUAUUCAUCGUCAUUUCGAGCACAAGUUGAAUUACGUGAAUUUAAAUGAAGGCCGUAUGGAAUUCAAGCGCUUGCACAGCAAUGAAGUGAUAGAAGACAAGGCGGAUUUAGUUGUGGGCUGUGAUGGCGCUUUUAGCUCAGUGCGUCAGCAAAUGGUGAAGCGACCUGGCUUCAAUUAUUCACAAGAAUAUAUUGAACAUGGUUACUUGGAGCUCUGUAUACCAGCGAAAAAUGGCGAGUUUCAAAUGCCUGAAAAUUAUUUGCACAUUUGGCCACGUGACGAUUUCAUGAUGAUUGCACUGCCCAAUCAAAAUAAAUCGUUUACUGUAACACUCUCGAUGCCAUUUAAAGUUUUCGCAACCAUACGCACCACCGAGGAUUUAUUAACAUUUUUCCACAAAUACUAUGCCGAUGCCUUGCCACUGAUCGGCGAGGAAAUGCUAAUCAAAGAUUUCUUCAAAUCGCAACCGCAACAUUUACUUUCAGUAAAGUGCCAUCCCUACCACUAUGGUUCGAAGGCGUUAAUUCUUGGCGAUGCUGCGCAUGCUAUGGUGCCCUACUAUGGACAGGGUUUGAAUGCUGGCAUGGAAGAUUGCACCUUGUUAAUGUCGCUAUUUAAUCAACCAAAUUUAAGCACCGCCGAUGUGUUGGAGCAAUUCACCGAGAUGCGUUGGCAUGAUGCGCACGCUAUUUGCGACUUGGCAAUGUACAAUUAUGUUGAGAUGCGCGAUCUCACCAAACGCGUUAGUUUUCGCUGCCGUAAAUGGCUCGAUACUCUGCUGUUCCGUUGGUUCCCAAGCGCUUGGGUGCCAUUGUACAAUAGUGUGUCGUUCACCAGCAUGCCCUACAGCAAAUGCAUAGCCAACCGUAAAUGGCAAGAUAAGCUGUUAAAUAAUGUGCUGAUUUCGGUUUUGUUGGCGGUUUUGGCUAUAAUCAUUGCCAUUUAUCUUGGCGUUUUUUAAGAAGUUACCUUUAAGUAAUAAAAUUCCUAGUUUGAUAAGAAAAUAAGCUGCUUAGCAUCUGUAGGUAUUAACUGCUGUAGUUUUUUUGUUUGAUGUAUAAUUUGAAAUUUAAUGCUGGCGUAAAAUGUAGUGUAGGGGUAGUAGAUAAUUCAUUUAUGUAGAAAAUAAAUACAAAAACUAUACAUACGAGUAUA